AUGUUAAGGUCGAAGGUUUUUGUUCAAUUGGUCAGAUCGACACGAACAUGGAGCUCAUCGGUACCCCACAUUAAAAGUAGGUUUGUGGUUAGGUCCUUUUCCACUUGUUUACCUAAAUUUAAUAUUCAAUGUGAUAUAUCUACCAAACAAUAUGGUAAGGUUUACGCUUCGGAUCCAUUGGAUGCGAGCCGUCCUUUAGAUACUUUUGCCAGACGUCAUCUCGGUCCUUCACCGGAUAAUGUUAAUCAGAUGCUUAAGAAAAUGGGGUACAAUGACCUUGAUUCAUUUAUUGGUUCAGUCAUACCACCAAAUGUCCUUAAGAUGAGACCUUUGAAAUUUAAAUCAUCUCCAAAGGGCGGUUUUACUGAACAUGAAAUGAUUGAGAAUCUUACUCAACUGGGUGAGAAGAAUAAGUAUAAAGUCAAGAAUCUUAUUGGAAAAGGUUAUUAUGGCACGCUUUUACCUCCUGUGAUACAAAGAAAUUUGUUAGAAAGUCCAGAAUGGUAUACCUCAUAUACGCCAUACCAACCUGAAAUAUCUCAAGGAAGAUUGGAAUCUUUGCUAAACUUCCAAACGGUAGUAUCUGACCUCACUGGCCUACCAAUUGCAAAUGCAUCAUUAUUAGAUGAAGGGACCGCUGCUGCUGAAGCCAUGUUAUUGGCAUUCCAUCUUUCCAAGAAAAAGAAAACAAAAUUUAUCAUCGAUGAUAACACACAUAGCCAAACCAAGAGUGUUUUAAGAACCAGGGCAAAUCCAUUUAAUAUCGAAUUAAUUGAAGUUGAUUGUACUAAAACAGAAAAAGUUCUCCCUUUAUUGGAACAAAAAGAUGUAGCAGGCUGUUUUGUUCAAUACCCUGGUACAGAUGGUUCUUUAAUUUCUGGCGAAAUUCUUCAGAAAUUAGCUGAUUCUGUUCAUUCUCAUAAAUCUCUCUUUAUAGUGGCUUCUGAUUUGAUGGCUUUAACUCUUUUAAAUCCACCUGCAAAAUAUGGGGCUGAUAUAGUUUUGGGAUCAACGCAAAGAUUUGGUGUACCAAUGGGAUAUGGUGGUCCUCAUGCUGCAUUCUUCAGUGUUACUGAUCCCUUGAAAAGAAAAAUACCUGGUAGAAUUGUAGGUGUUUCAAAAGAUAGAUUGGGUAACACAGCUUUACGAUUGGCGUUACAGACUAGAGAACAACAUAUUAAGAGAGAUAAAGCUACCUCAAAUAUUUGUACAGCUCAAGCUCUUCUAGCCAACGUUGCCUCCAAUUAUUGUGUCUAUCAUGGCCCAGAGGGGAUAAGAAAUAUUGCUAAAAGAAUUUAUGGGUUUACUACAGCCUUAGCAAAUAUUAUUAAAUCAGAUUUAUGUCCUCAUAGCUUAGUCAAUGAAACUUGGUUUGACACCUUAACAAUCUCUUUAUCCAGUGAGACAGCUUCUGCAGAGGUACUUCAGAGGGCAUUGAAUGAUUUUAAUAUGAAUCUAUUUAAAGUCGAUGAACAUACUAUAUCAUUAUCCUUCGAUGAAACCACAAGAGAGGCAGAUUUGCAAGCAUUACUCGCAUUAUUGACAGGGAAGGAAAAUGAAAUUGAAAUACCAAAUAAAUUGCCAGAAUUUCCCAAACUUCAUCUUCGUCCAAUGGAUUUCCUGACUACACCAGUUUUCAAUAAACAUCAUAGUGAAACUGCAAUGUUAAGGUACCUUCAUAAUCUUCAAUCGCGUGACUUGUCACUUGCUAAUUCCAUGAUCCCACUAGGUUCAUGUACAAUGAAACUAAAUAGCACUGUAGAAAUGAUGCCAAUAACUUGGCCCCAAUUUGCAAACAUUCACCCAUUUCAACCCAAGGAUCAAGUACUUGGCUAUCAAGAAAUGAUCAAGUCCCUAGAAGAAGAUUUACUUUCCAUUACGGGAUUUGAUGGGAUCUCAUUACAACCGAAUUCAGGAGCAUCUGGUGAAUACACAGGAUUAAGGGUGAUUAGGACGUACUUAGAAGACAAGGGAGAAUCUCAAAGAGAUGUCUGUUUAAUUCCAGUAUCAGCCCAUGGAACCAAUCCAGCUUCUGCAGCUAUGUGUGAUUUGAGAGUGGUACCCGUAAAUUGUUUAUCUAAUGGGUCAUUAGAUUUGGAUGAUUUGAAAUUAAAAGCUGAAAAAUAUAAGGAUUCAUUAGCAGCGGUAAUGAUUACUUAUCCCUCCACAUAUGGUUUAUUUGGCAACUUGGUAAAAGACGCAUUUGAUGUGGUUCAUUCGUUUGGUGGUCAAGUAUAUUUGGAUGGUGCCAAUAUGAACGCACAAGUUGGGUUAACAUCUCCUGGUGAUUUAGGUGCGGAUGUAUGCCAUUUAAACUUACAUAAAACAUUUGCCAUCCCUCACGGUGGUGGUGGGCCCGCUGGAGCUCCCAUCUGUGUAAGAAAACAUCUUGUGCCAUAUUUGCCAAGUCAUGACGUUGUUGAAAUGAUCACUGAUCCAAACCAGGGGAAUGGUAAGACAAAAUGUAUUGCUCCAGUAUCCUCUGCGCCUUAUGGUAAUGCCCUUGUCUUACCCAUCUCAUAUGCAUAUAUCAAAAUGAUGGGUACUGAGGCUUUACCAUUUGCCAGUGUGAUUGCCAUCCUGAACGCGAAUUAUAUGAUGACCCGUUUGAGAGAUCAUUAUAAGAUACUCUUUGUCAAUGAAGAUAAGUCAUACAAGCAUUGUGGUCAUGAAUUUAUUAUAGAUUUAAGAGAAUACAAGGAGAAGGGGAUUGAAGCCAUUGAUAUUGCUAAGAGAUUACAAGAUUAUGGAUUUCACGCCCCCACAUUAGCAUUCCCAGUUCCUGGCACUCUAAUGGUUGAACCCACAGAAUCGGAAAACUUGGAAGAACUCGACAGAUUCAUUGAUUCCAUGAUUUCCAUCAAGAGGGAGAUUGAUCUAUUGGUACAAGGGGAACCCGAAGGGCAAAUAUUGAAGAUGUCCCCUCACUCAUUACAAGAUUUAAUUACCUCCAAGGAUUGGGAAACUCGUGGAUACACCAGAGAACAGGCAGCAUACCCACUGCCCUUUUUGAAAGAUAGCAAGUUCUGGCCAGUGGUGGCGCGAGUGGACGAUAAGUAUGGUGACACCCAUUUGAUAUGUACCUGUCCCACCGUGGAGGAAAUGAGCCAGGAAUAG